AACGGAUCGAUAAGUAGUACUGCUGUCGAUCUGUGCAAAAUAUGAGCGUUUGCAUCUUCCCUGUUUCCAACGGUAAGAGAAAGCAAAAAAAGAAGAGGAAGAGGGUAGGUAGACACAUGGCAUCGGAGAAUGGGCUGCUCGUAGUUGAUCUGUCGCCUUUCUUCGCGGCAGACGGCGACGCGGGCGCAGCAGCCGCGCGAGCCCUGGCCAUGGAAGCCGUGAUAGAGGCGUGCCAGACUUACGGGUUCUUCCGGGUCGUCAACCACGGCGUGCCGCGGGAGCUGCUGUCGCGCUCGCUGGAGCUGUCGGCCGCCUUCUUCGCUCUCCCGGACGAGGAGAAGGCCAAGGUCCGGCCACUUCCGGCGGAGGCCACGCCUCUCCCGGCUGGGUACCACAGGCUGCCCUCGCACUCGCCCGACAAGAACGAGUACCUUCUCACUCUCCAGCCGCAUCUCGGCCACAACCUGUACCCAACCGACCCACCCGAGUUCAGGCAGGCGCUGGAGGAGUGCCACGCGAAGCUCGCCCAGCUCGGCCUUCUCAUCCAGGAGGUACUUACUGAGGGCAUGGGCCUCCCUCCGGGAUUCCUCCGGGGGUACACCGGCGGCGACAGGAGCUUCCACUUCCUCCUAGCCCUGCACUUCUUCCCGGCGCCGACGGAGGCAGCAGGGUCGACGAGCGGGCUCAGCAAGCACGAGGACGGCCAGGCCCUCACCUUGCUCUUCCAGGACAACGUCGGCGGCCUCGAGGUCCUCAAGGACGGCCAGUGGCUCCCCGCCGAGCCCGACGACGGCACCAUCAUCGUCAACAUCGGCGACGUCCUCCAGGUGCUCACCAACAAGAAGCUCAAGAGCGCCACGCACCGGGUGGUGAGCAGGCCCGGACGCCACAGGCAUUCCUUCGCCUACUUCGUCAACGUCGACUCCGACAAAUGGAUCCAGCCGCUACCCGAGUUCACCGACAAGCUCGGCGAGCCGCCGCGCUACAGAGGGUUCCGUUUCGGCGAGUAUCAGCGGCUGCGGCUGAGAAACAAGACACACCCGCCUGCCACGCCUGACGAGUUCUACAACAUCAAUCAUUACGCCGUCUAGCAGCUUUCAUUUAUUUCGGCUGUCCCAUUUUCACCUAUCGAAUUCAGCCCCAAAUAAAUGAUGAGGCUUGCUCCCGUACAACCCCCCUCCUAAACUCAGUUUGGGCUUUCGGGUAAUUAGAAAAUUAAUUAAUUCAUUCAUCGUGAGCCCUUCUAAGCCCAUACAUAAACCCGGUAUUUCUACGUCUCCCGUCGCGCACAGCAGGUCAUCUGCCGCGAACGCCAGCAGCCCGUUGAAGUGCACCAGCUUGCUGCCCGCUUCUCCACCGCCUGACUCCACCUCUGACGUCCCUGGCUUCUCGCCCCGCAGCCGCCGCCACAUGAGUCUUAAGAAUACAUGUCGUCCACUGCUUCAUGCUCUGUGCUGGAGUGAUGCUACCGCUCGACCUCCUCUUCCUUAUACAAUAACAGAGCAUGAGGUAGCAGAGAGGGACAACAGGUUGCCAAACAUGAUCCCUGCUCAUGCCGUUGCCG